GAAAUGGCACAGAAAGGAGUUCAGCUGGGUCAGGAAACCCUUUCUUGUUCGAUCUGUCUGGAUCUCCUGAAGGAUCCGGUGACUGUUCCCUGUGGACAUAGUUACUGCAUGAAGUGUAUUAAAAGCCACUGGGAUAAAGAGGAUGAGAAGACAAUCUACAGCUGCCCUCAGUGUAGGCAGACCUUCACACCGAGGCCUGUCCUGGGGAAAAACACCAUGUUAGCAGUUUUAGUGGAGGAGCUGAAGAAGACUGGACUCCAAGCUGCUCCUGCUGAUCACUGCUAUGCUGGACCUGAUGAUGUGGCCUGUGAUGUCUGCACCGGGAGGAAACUGAAAGCCUGUAAGUCCUGUCUACAAUGUCUGGCUUCUUACUGUGAUGAACACCUCCAGUCUCAUUUUGAAGCAGCUCCAUUAAAGAAACACAAGCUGGUGGAGCCCUCCAAGAAGCUCCAGGAGAACGUCUGCUCUCGUCAUGAUGAGGUGAUGAAGAUGUUCUGUCGUACUGAUCAGCAGUCUAUCUGUUAUCUCUGCUCUGGGGAAGAUCAUAAAGGUCAUGACACAGUCUCUGCUGCAGUAGAAAGGAGCGAGAAGCAAACAGAGCUCGAGCUGAGUCAAAGAAACAUUCAGCAGAGAAUCCAGGACAGAGAGAAAGAUGUGAAGCUGCUCCAACAGGAGGUGGAGGCUAUCAAUGGCUCUGCUGAUAAAACAGUGGGGAACAGUGAGAAGAUCUUCACUGAGCUGAUCCGUCUCAUGGAGAAAAGACGCUCUGAUGUGAAGCAGCAGGUCAGAUCCCAGCAGCAAACUGAAGUGAGUCGAGUCAGAGAGCUUCAGGAGAAGCUGGAGCAGGAGAUCACUGAGCUGAAGAGGAAAGACACUGAACUGGAGAAGUUCGCACACACAGAAGAUCACAACCAGUUUCUACACGACUACCCCUCACUGUCACCACUCAGUGAAUCUACACACUCAUCCAGCAUCAAGAUCCGUCCUCUGAGGUACUUUGAGGAUGUGACAGCGGCUGUGUCAGAAGUCAGAGAUAAACUACAGGACCUCCUGAGAGAGAAAUGGACAAACAUCUCACAGACAGUGACUGGAGUGGAUGUUUUACUGUCACAACCAGAGAACAUGACCAGAGCUGAGUUCUUAAAAUAUUCAUGUGACAUCACACUGGAUCCAAACACAGCAUACACACAGCUGUUAUUAUCUGAUGGGAACAGAAAAGUGACAGUAAUGAGAGAACAACAGUCUUAUUCUAGUCACCCAGACAGAUUCACUUAUUAUCUCCAAGUCUUGAGUAAAGAGAGUCUGACUGGACGUUGUUACUGGGAGGUGGAGAGGAGAGGAUAUGGAGUUUGUGUAGCAGUCACAUACAAGAAUAUCAGGAGAGCAGGGGGCUCAGACGAAUGUCUUUUUGGAUGUAAUGACAAAUCUUGCGAGUUAGAUUUUUACAACAACAGUUAUAACUUUUGGUACAACAAUGUCAUCACUCCUGUCUCAGGUCCUGAGUCCUCCAGAGUAGGAGUGUACCUGGAUCACAGAGCAGGUGUUCUCUCCUUCUACAGCAUCUCUAAAACCAUGACUCUCCUCCACAGAGUCCAGACCACAUUCACUCAGCCUCUACAUGCUGGACUCCGGUUUAACUGGUUUAAUUCUUCUGGAGACUCUGCUGAGUUGUGUAAACUGAAAUAGACAGAAGUCAUUAAGGAGACAGAUGUUUAACUUGCUGUGUUU